CCCCGGACUCCACACUUCCCGACUGCAGUGGUCCAGCGUCUGACCACCUUUUACUCGUUCUCAGGGAGCGUUUCACAGGAAGAGCAUCACCAUGCCCAAAGUCCUGGUUCCAGAGACCGAUGACAAGAUGAGGGCCUUCGCGGAGCAGGUCUUCGCAUCGGAGACCAAAAGCGAGGACAUCCGCGAUGAAAUCUCCAUGUUUGAUGUGGCUGAGGACUGUCCCAUCAUGCACCAGGAGAUGGCCCACCAUCUUCACACGGAGGAUGAUCUCGCGAAACGCAAGAAGCGCAGCCGCACCAUGAACGUGCCCACUGCCGCUUCUCACGGAGCUGCCGAACCUGUAACGUCGGUUGAGGUGGACACGCCCACCUACCUGGAAGUGCCCGACUUCCAGAGAGUGGUCAUCAUCGGAGACUACGCCUCUGGGGUGACCAUGGAUGACUUCGAGCUGUCCUGUAAAGGUCUGUACCGUGCCUUGACCAUCAGGGAGAAAUACAUGAGGCUGGCCUUUCAGCGGUACCCAAGAACCACCUCCCACUUCCUGCGUGACAUCGAGAGCGAGUCUUUCAAGAUCGAAGACGAAGUGCAGCCAGUCUUCACAGCUCCUCCACAGAAUGGAGGCGACCCCUUUGACACCUCCGACCUGCCGAAGAACCUGGGCUACGUUGCUCGCAUGAAGGACGGCGUGAUCUGCGUGUACAACGACGCUGCCGCUGCGGAUAAGCAUCAGCCCAAAGACCUGCCGUGCCCCGACUACAACACCUUCAUCGACGACAUGAACUUCCUCAUCGCGCUCAUCGCCCAGGGCCCGACCAAGACUUACACUCACCGCCGUCUGAAGUUCCUCAUGUCCAAGUUCAACGUACACGAGAUGCUGAAUGAGAUGGAGGAGAUGAAGGAGCUGAAGCUGAACCCGCACAGAGAUUUCUACAACUGCAGGAAGGUUGACACUCACAUCCACGCCGCCGCUUGCAUGAACCAGAAGCAUCUGCUCCGCUUCAUCAAGAAGUCUUACCGUGAGGAUGCAGACCGCGUGGUGCACAACCUCAAAGGGAGGGAGGUCACCAUGAAGGAGCUCUUCGAGACGCUUAACCUGCACCCCUACGACCUCACUGUGGACUCGCUGGAUGUGCAUGCUGGGAGACAAACCUUCCAGCGCUUCGACAAGUUCAAUGCCAAGUACAACCCUGUGGGAGCCAGCGAGCUGCGUGACCUGUACCUGAAGACAGAGAACCACAUCAGCGGAGAGUACUUCGCCACCAUCAUCAAGGAAGUUGCCGCUGACCUGGAGGAAGCCAGGUACCAGUAUGCUGAGCCCCGUCUGUCCAUCUACGGCUGCAACCCCAGCGAGUGGACUAAACUUUCCAGCUGGUUCGUCAAGCACAGAGUCUACUCCCCACAGCUCAAGUGGAUGAUUCAAGUACCCAGGAUCUACGACAUCUUCAGGGGCCGGGACUUUGUGCCCCACUUCGGGAAGAUGUUGGAGAACAUUUUCCUCCCGGUGUUCCAGGCCACCAUCGACCCACAGUCCAACCCAGACCUCAGCAUCUUCCUGAAACACGUAACAGGAUUCGACAGCGUGGAUGAUGAGUCCAAACACAGCGGCCACAUGUUCUCCACUAAAAGCCCCAAACCAGAGGAGUGGGACAUUGUUAAGAACCCGUCCUACACCUACUACAUCUACUACAUGUACGCCAACAUCGCUGUUCUCAACCAGCUCCGCAGACAGAGGGGGAUGAACACGUUCACAUUCAGGCCUCACUGCGGCGAGGCCGGCGCCAUCACUCACCUGCUGGCUGCCUUCAUGACAGCCGACAACAUCUCCCACGGUCUUAACCUCAAGAAGAGCCCUGUGCUGCAGUACCUGUACUUCCUGGCCCAGAUCCCCAUUGCCAUGUCUCCCCUCAGCAACAACAGCCUGUUCUUGGAAUACGCCAAAAACCCGCUGCUGGAGUUCCAAAAGAAAGGCCUGGUGGUGUCUUUGUCCACUGACGACCCCAUGCAGUUCCACUAUACCAAGGAACCCCUGAUGGAAGAGUAUGCCAUCGCAGCUCAGGUGUUUAAACUGAGUACCUGCGACAUGUGUGAGAUCUCCAGGAACAGUGUGCUGCAGAGUGGCAUGUCCCAUGAGGAAAAGGUCCACAACCUGGGCGAGCGCUACCUGGAGGAGGGCCCAGAGGGCAACGACAUCCGCAAGACCAACGUGGCCCAGAUCCGCAUGGCGUAUCGCUACGAGACCCUGUGCUACGAGCUCAACCUCAUCAAGGAGGGCCUGAAGACUGAGUGAACCUGAUCGACGCGUCGUCUCAACCUGUGCCUGUUGUGACGCUGAAUUUCUACGUUUGUUUUUCAUAUUAACACACUAAUCUUAAAGCAGCUGGCCUUCCGACAUAGCUGUCGUCUCCACUGGAAGAGGAAAUGUGCUCUCUGUGCAUGUCUGAGUUUCCGACAUUCAGCUGUGCUUGUGUUUCCGCUGGAGAAACAGCUUGUAAAUGAA